AUGUCCACAAGUAACUUGGUUGGCAUGAGAGCAUUUUCUCAACCAAAGAAUUCUGCAGCGUUCAUCAUGGAGAUGAGAACUGACGCUACCUGGGUCUUGAUCCCAGAACUCACUGGUAGGGAUGAUCCAUACCAAAAUUCCAGGGCAUUGGGAAUGUUGUGUAACAUGAAGCUCCCAGCAGCUCUGCAUCCUCCGGCGUUCUUCAUUUGUAUAGGGGCAGUACAGAGAGCAAAUACUUUAUUUAAUAUUUGGAUCAAAUAUAAGCCUCGACUGCCAGAGUGGUAUUACAAUGAAAGACUUCUGAAAGUUGGUGAUUCCCUUGCUCAGAUCAAAGAAUAUAAGUUGGCCCUGCUACAGUGCUAUGGAAGAUACCUCCAGCAGUUUGUUUCUGUAAACCUUGAUGAUAUCAUAAAUGAUGAGCAUCGAUUUAAAUCCACCUUUUUUCCAAAUGGUUUCAGAGACAAAAAUGCAGCACUUACGUUCCAUGCUUUGCAAGAGAGGAAUGUUUGCAUUUAUCAGAUGGUUUGCAGUAGUGACAGAAGUCUUCAGAAUGAAGAGUCCCUGCAGACUUGUUUCAAUGUCUUGUCCUCCUUUCGACUGACUAUGCAAGUGGCUCUGCCUCAGGAGAAUUUGUGUUGGCUUAUCUACAAUGGUACUAUUCAUAUUUACACCAUAUGCAGACAUUUGAUGAUGAGAGGUCAGUCUGCUAAGAUAUUUGCUCGCCGUGGUCUGAUCAAAAUUGAUGAACUGAAGCAAUUAGAAAAUAUCAGUUCGCUGGAAGAUUCAGAGACAAAAAAGAUUUUUAGAGAGGCUACUCUAAAGAUGUCAGUAAUGAUUUUCAAGAGAGCAGUAUAUGAAUCCAGAAGAAAGCCGAAAAGCUACUUUCGACCUAAGUUAAGAGCUGGCUUGAAAGAAGCACGAAAUUUGCCAUGGCCUCGCACUACUACCGAACGGCUGCUGACAGAAAUGUUUGAUGGCGCUGCAGCUCAAUUCCUUGCCAUCCUGGAAGCUCUGUCUGAUAGUAGCAGGCAUGUGUUGCGCCCUGCUCCGCCUGUUCCUGAUGAAAUUGAAAUUCAUGAUGUCAUUUCAGAGCUUUUUUUUGCGGGCCUGGAAAUCCUCUCAGGUGGAGUGAGCAGUACUGGUACUGAAGGAAGUCAUUGCACCGAUCAUUUUGGUAUAAUUAAUGCAUCAUCAACCCUUUUGCAGCUGAUACUAACAGCUUUCAACUAUGAAGAGUGGGACGUGUUUGAUUCUGCUAUCGAAUUAGUUGUUAAUUUUCUUCAGAAUAUCCAACCUGAUAAAGAAAUACUUGUUGAUGUGAUAAUGUUUUUGUGGCAGAAGUGUAAAACAGGACUUCAGCGAAUCCAAAUGAGUGGAAGUGACUACUUAAAAUAUAUCCACAAAUACAAAGCUUAUCAAUGGGUUCAUGUACUCUGGAUAAUAAAUGAAGUAAUUCAGAAGAGCAGCGUAGAAGACAUUAAUGUUGUAAUGCUUGCAGAGAUAACCUUACAUCUAACUGCGCUCUUGGAAAACGUAGCUGAUUCUACAAGUAAAUCUAAGAAAAAAGCAGGAAGAAGUGCCCCUCUCUCGCAAGAUGAAACCUACGAUAUUCCUGAAAUACUGAUGAGAAGUCCAACAGAACAAUUACAAGUUGCUUAUGAAAGUCUUGAAAAAGCAAUUAAUGGAAUGAACACAUCUCGCUCAAUGACCCUUGUACCAGAUGGAAAGUCGAUAUUUGACAACUGCUGUUCAAAGGUGGACUCAAAUGAUCAGAAUUUGAAUUCUGUUUUGGGAUGUGGUAAUGAUAAGACAGGAACAGGUGAUGGUUUUGUAAUGGAUUUACACUUGGAGCUCAUUCAGGCCCAACAUCGAGUAGCUGUGAAAAUUCUUAAAAUGGCACAAGAGGCACUAAUAAUGAGAAAAAUAAAAAAGAAUAAGCUAUCCAGAGCAAUCUUUUUGAUGCAAAAGGCUGCACAGAAGUUCCCUAAAGAGUUAACCACUUCUUCCCAAAGGCAGCUACUGGAGGAAGCACUAACUUUAAUUGAGCAAGUUGAAGCUGAACAAAGUGCAUUGUAUCACAGUGUCAAUGAAGCUAUGCGCAGCAAGAAAAAAAGCAGGACUCCUCCACCUCCUGUAUUACUUUCCAGAUCACAUUGCUCCAUGACAUUUAAACCAGUCCCAUUCGCUUCAGAUAUUCAGGUUUCGUGGUACAGUAUUUUGGGCUCUGUAGCAGGAGGAAGCAAUAUGAAAGUAAGGUUAAAUAACAAUAAACUUCCAAAUGCAGGAGAAGAGAUACCAGCUGAUGGGAAAAGCCUCUUGGAAAUACAAGGCUUAGAUCCCAAUGAAAAAUACAUAUUUGCAGUGGCAGCAUAUUCUUCUGAUGGAAAACUUAUUGGUGAUGCCAUUGGGGAAACAACUAAGCCAAUCCUUGCUUAUCCACCUCUUUCUGCUACUACUGUUCGAUCCUAUCUAACUCAGGUAGGGUUACAUUUUGAAGCUGUAUCUCAGACUUCUCCUAUUAUCUUGUACCUCUUUCUGAGGAAUAUAUUUGCCAUCUGUGACAUUAAUGUCAUGGAAGGAGCACUCUUCUGUGAUUCCAUCUGCUCCAAUGAGAUGCUUUAUAAGGAACAAGUCGCUAGAUUAGCAGAAUGUGAAAGAAUGACUGUGGCAAUUGAACUUAGCAAUUGGUUGAAUGAUGCAAGUUACACCCUGCAGUCUGUUGUACAAUGUUAUGGUCUCCUUGCUCCAAUUAUUUAUCACAAGAUUUCUUCAGUGCCAGUAGUUCAGAUCCUCAUUAAGUGCUUGGCUGUCCUUCAAGAAAUUCCAAGUGCUACUUUGCAGAGGAGGCAGGCAGGAUGCUAUGAGAGUAUUCAGCAUAUGAUAGCUUGUACUUCAUUUUAUACGGCAAAGUUGCUUCAUGGCUAUGAGGGCAGUGUCAGGGAAUGGCAAGGGCUGGGGAGCCAGGAGCCGAGGGCAAUGCCAGGGCUGGCAGGGCAGCACCUGGUAGCCAGGUUCGACCAGGAGUCCAGGUCAUUGGAUGAGCUUGUGGUGGUAGAGUUUCUACUGUACACUAUCACUGCUUGUCAUAAUGGGUUUCAUGUGGUUAUUGAUGUAGCUCGUGGAUCAGAGCUUACAGGACAGGAAGAUCCUUUGUUCCUCUACCCUGUAAUUUCAUGUUGGACAUCAAACAAUGCUUAUCGAGAAGUGAUGAAAUUCAGAAAGAAAUCACGUUUUCUUGAGUUCUUUGUACAAGUUUUGCACAAAAUCCUGAAUGAAGAGAAGUUUCAAUGUGUUCUGGAAUGGGCAGGCAAUGUGCAAGUUUACUUGAAAAGGAGGAACAACCGCUUUCUCUGUAUCAAUGGAAAUUCAACACAAGAAGGAAGUGCUCCCACUCUGACAGAAGGCACAGAUAGAUACACUACAGGACUUGCGGAGUUUCAGAAAAGUAUGGAGACCUCACCUUUAAAGAAACCAGAGGUAUCAACUUUGAAGAAACCAAGAAAAGCAGCCUUGAGUCCCAUUCAAAAAAGACACACUCUCAGACAGUAUUUCAUGAAACAUCCAAACAUAAUGAAAACUCCAGAAGCACAAAGGAAAUGCAAGGAUGAGUUGCAAAAAGUAGCUCGUGACGCCUUAGUGGUACUGCUGAAACCAAUUGUGAGUAAUUACUUAAACAGAAAGAAGUUUCAUCAAAUGUGUCUUGAAGAGAUGCCUUGGAGGUCUCAGAUGAAUAUCUAUCUGGCAGCUGCACACUACAACUUAUUUAAAAAGAAACUGGAGGAGCAAUAUAACAUUGGAAUUUGUGGUUCACAGCAUCUGGACAGUUACAAUAUUUUGGAUCCUGAAAUAUUCUCAUUAAAUAAUUCUGGCACUGUGGUGGUGAGAGAAGCCGUAGAGAAUAACAUGAGAACACCAACUCCUCCUCUCCUUAAAAAGUCAGGAAUGACUGAAAAACAAACUUGUACAGAUAAAUCUUCUGAGCACAGCACUAAUCUGAGUGGAACAGUUACUCCUCGAACCCAAACAACAAACGAUACAGCAAUAUCUGUCUCUCAUUCCCCCAAAGAAUCCAGACAGUUUCUGUCAAAUUCCAUUUUAUUGGAGCAUUUUACAAAGAUCUUUUUUCAUUUAAGAAGAGCAGUGGUUCUUGCUCACCGUGGUGGCCACUGGACAUUGCUUCAAAAUGCUUGUCGAGAACUUUGGAACUAUAUGCAAGAAUUACAAUUGGUUGCUAAUCAUUCACAUUCCCAUAUGGAUGCAUUUCCCAUUACCAGGGAUUUCCUUAGGAAAACCAUCUGGUUGCCAUUUUAUUUGGCAUCAGACAUGAUCAUUGAUAUGAUAACCGAACUACAAGCAAGCAGGUCUCUUAAGAUUGUGGAUCCUGAAGGAGACUUCUGCAUUCCCAGUUGUUUAGGAGGUAUUACGGAUGAGAAUGGUGGUUCUAAUCUCCAUCCACAGUCUCCUCUGGAUGAUGUGAAUGUGGUUGACUUGAAAUGGAUAUGUAAUCUGAUUCUUAAAACAACAGAAUUGCUAUAUCAAAUGAAGAAGUGGGAAGCACUGGUACACAUAGCUAUACAAUUUAACAUAUUUACACAAGCUGCUUUUAAGUAUUGGUGUCAAGCCCUUGAUGAAACACUCAACAUUGCUGAUGCUCUUAACAACUGGGAAGAGUUAGGUUUGCCAAAAAGUGCUACAGAUCGCUUUGCAGUUGGAAGAUCGACUGAUAUUAGUCAGAAACUUCUUUCUCAGGCUGGAGUUUGGGGAUGUUUACAUGCAGCAGUCUUGGUGGCUAAGAUAGCUCAGUAUAUAACAACAUCAAAGAUGAGAUUAAGAACUAAAUACUGCUGUUUUUCUGCUAUACUUUUCAAGACCCUGUUUAGAGCUUCUCUUCCACAUCCAACAUCAGACUGUGACUUUGCACAAUAUGAAACAAAUAUGCUUAUUCCUGGUAUCGACUUGUUCUCUGAUCGCUACAGAGCUGAUAUCUCUACUGUAGUUGCGAGUCUGAAUUUCCUUAUGUUUGAACUACAUUGUGCAAAACAAAAUUUAAUAAUUUUACCAUUGUUCACAUUAUACCAAUACAUUGUUUCUGAGAUUUGUAAGGACCCAGCUAAAUGUAUUGAAGGAAGAAUCUUCAAGAUUAAAGUACUUACAGAUAUAGGAUUUUUUGCAGAGGCCUUUCAUGAACUGUCUUUGCUUAACUGCGGAGAGAGAAUUCCAUGGAAAAUACCUGCAGGAUACAGAAAAAUUGAAGAAAUGAAGGCCUUACAGAAAUUUGACUCCUCAGAAUCUCUCCUGACUGUUACAAAUUUACAGGUGCUGGAAGACAUAUUUAAUUGGAGUCUGUCUUUAACAAUGGUGCCACUGUGCAACCAAGAAAUUAUGAAUAAAUUAACCUUAUCCAAAAUGCAUUUCAUCAUUUGCCUUUCUACUACAAUAAAUAAUAUACCUGAAAAAGUGGAAAGCCAUGUUUAUUCUGUUGAUAACAACAGCUUGAAGGAGCCAAGCAGAAUUACAGCAUCAAAAGUAAAAGUUGAUGCUGAUAAGAAUUCAAGACAACAGGAACAAAGAGGCACAAUGGUGCAUCUCGUUGACUGUAAAGAUGAAUUAAAUAUGGCCAUGCUGAAGGGGAUUUUAUUGACAGAAGCUGAAGAAAUUCUUAGCCAACUUGUGCAGAACAUAGAGGACAAAUACGAUGGGCAGAUAUCUCAGUGUUCUGCUGAAGAUUUAGAGGCUCUUAUUGAGGCCAAACUUCAGCUUGCUGCUAUUUCUCAGCAAAGGCAUCAAGCAGCUUUCAGUGUUGCUUUGGUGUUCUCUGCAAUUCGACUUCUCCAAGAUGCAAAAAUUUUUAGGAUGGAAGCGACAUGUGUUCAAGAAGAAAAGGAUGAAAGGGAGUGUGCGGGCUCGUGUGUUGAAGAUGUUCGACUGCCUCACAGUAUAACAGCACAAGAUCAUAUGAGCGUACAUCUGUGGCUAAGGUGUCGUACAAUGUUAGUGACUGCACUAGUAACACAGAUAUCUGGCGUUGGUGAUAUGGAAGAAAAAGAUGUGGCUGAACGCAGAAGCCUGAUAAAAGAAGUAAUCCUAGAGGCAGAAUCCUUUGGUGAUACUGAGACUCAGGCUGAAAUGAUGGUGCAAGCUGCUAUUGUUGACCUGCAAGAAAAACGUCCCGUGGCAGGCAUUAAACUUCUUUUGGAGGUUUUUGUUUGUGGAGAACCCAUUGAAUGGCAAAUAGAAGACAGUACAUUGCCUUGCCUGGUCCUACCUACAAAAAAUAUCUACUUGCCACAUAUCAACUUGCUAGCCCAAGUCAAAAUGAGAAUUGGAUGCACAUUAGCUGAAAAAGUAGCUUGUACGCCUGAAAGAGAAGAUCCACUGCAAUGGCUACAUGCUCUCAAACAUUUAGAAUCAGCAUUGAUGCUUUGCAGAGCAUCUGCAACAAAAAAAUUAGAUAUGGAAGCUGAACUUCUUUUUCAGAUAGAAAGGGCAGGUGGUGUAAUCACUGGUACUGAGGAGAUGCUUCCAGUGGCUCCUCUGUUACAGCUAGCUGCUGCAUUGGGCCUGCGGCUACGGGGUAAGGUAGAACGCCAGAUAACGGAAGCAAGCAAUAGCAAGUCAUCUCAAGCUGUUGAAACCCUGUUGGAAGCUAUAAAACUCAGCCAGCAACAGGACCAAAACUUUGAGUUAAUAAGAAGAUCAUACCUUGAAAUAGCACUAUUAUAUUUGCAUUUUGCCACAAAUACUGGGCAUGUGUCACAGACAGAUAAGAUGGUGCCUUCGAAAUCAAACACCUCUUCUGGAGAACUCUCUUCUUCUGAGGAGGCUCUGAAAUCAGAAGGCUACAAAGUACAAGCCUGGAUUGCAGUAAGAGCAGCUACACAGAUGUCUCCCGAAAUUACUGGAAUUACAUCAAAGAUGUCACGUGUGAGAAUAGCUUCUCCGGUUUCUGUCAUCGGAGAAGCAGAUAGUCAAACAGAGAAUAGGGCAGCCAAUGCUUCAGAUAAGGAAAUUAACAUUCAGUGGUACAUUCCUUCUCUGGCAAAGCCAUCAAACGAUACAGAGACUAAGGUUUUGCUGCUUUAUGCCUAUAAUACGGAGCCUGUCAAGAUUAGCAACACCAAGAUUUUCAGUUCAAUGUCUAUGUCUUCAGGCCACUUGUGGAUUCCGUUGGCUAGAAUUAUAUCUUUACGAGAGAAAUUAUCUGAUCUGAAGCAGCAAGUUGAAAUGUUGAUGCAAAGUUCUAAAAUCUUAUCUUCAGCUUCUGAGUCAACAAGUUUUCUUGAACAAAGUGAAACUUUGAAAAUAAUUCCUUCAAAAAAACCCAAAAUGAAUAUUGCAAAAGUGCAUCUUGAUGAAAAAAACGAAAUCCCAUUUGAUGUUACUUUGCAAUCAAUAACAAGUUUGGAAGAUAUGUUUGAUCCUGCCACUGGAUGUACAAUAACUGAAGAAAGUCUCUUCAAUUGGAUCAUCUCUCUGUUUCACUAA